AUGGUUGAUGCCGACUAUUGCUUUACUUACAUCGACGUAGGAGGAAAUGGCCGAGCAAGUGAUAGUGCAAUAUUUAGAGAUAGUACUCUGAACAUUGCAAUGGAACACAAUACUCUAGGGAUGCCUAAAAAUGGCGUUAUUGUUGGAGAUGAUGCUUUCCCUUUAAGAUCAAAUCUUCUGAAACCGUACAGUAAAACUGGCCUCAGCGAUGUCGAAAAAAUAUUCAAUUAUCGUCUGUCCCGUGCCAGACGGGUUGUAGAAAAUGCUUUUGGAGUACUUGUAUGGAGGUUUAGAGUAUUUUCAAGACCAAUUGAUUUGAAACCCGAAACUAUCGAUAAAGUCAUUUGGGCUACUUGCAGUCUUCAUAAUUGGCUAAGAAAAACUCAUCCAGGCAACUACUUACCACAACAAGCAAUGCCUUGCACCGAGGAAGAAUGGCUGCAAAAGUCCCAACAGUUCGCAGAAAAGUGGAAUUUCCCACAUUGUAUCGGCGCACUGGACGGCAAACACGUUCUUAUUAAAGCACCUAAGCAACGUGGAAGCUUGUACCACAAUUACGAAGGCACCCACAGUGUUGUACUUAUGGCACUGGCUGACGCAGAAUAUAAAUUUCAAUACAUUAAUGUCGGAUGUUUUGGACGAAUUUCAGAUGGGGGUGUUUUUAAUGCGUGCUCUCUAUCAAAUAAACUGGCUGAUAACAGUUUAGGUAUUCCAACACCUAGACCACUACCAGGUAGAACUAAACCAGUUCCCUUUGUCAUAGUAGCAGACGACGCUUUUGCCAUGAAGUCUUACAUUAUGAAACCAUAUGCAUUUAGAAAUCUGCAUGGUGAACAAAGAAUAUUUAACUACCGACUAUCACGGGCACGCCGAAUAAUUGAGAAUGCUUUUGGUUUACCUUCUGCUAGAUUUCGCAUUUUAAGAAGACCGAUUGAACUAGGAGUAGAAAAAUUGAUCCACGUUGUUUCUGCAAUAUGUGUGCUACAUAAUUUCUUAAUGACACGGUCUAAACGACUUUACGCUCCUUAUGGUAGUUUUGAUGUGGAAAAUCACGAAACUGGCACUAUAGAACCAGGAGAAUGGAGACAAUCAAUUCAAGGCCUGGUGGAUCUGCAUGUUAACCCACAUCUUCGGGGAAAUUUGGAAGCGAAAGAUGUACAACGGGAAUUUACAGAAUAUUUUCACCAGGAAGGAGAAGUUCCAUGGCAAUAUAAAUAUAUUUUGAAUAUUUAUUAUUAA